AUGAGCGACGCGCAAGGUAGCACAGACGCACACGUCGCCAGUGAUACACUGACACACGGUGCAAAGAGCAAAAAGCCCUGCACAGUAUGCUCAGACUUCAGCAGCUUUGCUAAGAAGCAGAGCAAGAAAGCAUCAACACCGUCACAAGCAAAUAGUGCCAAUGCUAGUACAUCAAAUGAAACUUCAUCAAGCACAGCUAAUCAAUCAAGUACAGGUGUAGUAGAUGAGGGAGUGUCAUUAAAGGAUGAGAAG